AUGGUGUAUUUGAAGCACUGGAACGAGUUCAAGGCGCAGGCGCUCGAGCUGUAUAGCCGCAAUCCACGGCAGUCUCGCUUUUUGGUCAAGGCUCAGCCCAAGACACAGACGUUGGUUGUAAAACUGACAGACAACCGCGAGACGCUCAAGUUCCGUGCCAAGUCGUCCAUUAUCCUCAAUCGUCUGGAUGAAUUCCAGCGACAGUUACUGGAGCGCAUGUCCGGUGUGAAGCCGCCUGCGGCGCCCGUCGCUGCCACGGCCACCGCCGUGGCGAAUACAGCCGAGAAGGCCGUGAAUGCUGUGGCAGACAAGGCCAGUGCACCCACGAGCAAGUCUAGCAAGAAAAAGAAGGGGAAGAAAAAGUAA